AUGUUUUCUCCCUUUGUCACUCGUUCAUUUCUUUUCGUUAGCUGUUUGACACACAGCAUACAUGCCACUCCUUUAGCCAGCGUGACUUUGUCAUCUCUCAUUGCACUCCUUAGCGAGACGAGCGUGCCACCAUACGACACAAUACCACCGAACAACGAAUCGGAAAGAUGGGACAGUCCAGAAUACACAUGGAUCUUCCAGUAUCCUCUACCUGUACCCCCAGUGAAGAAGUCGAAAUUUACAUAUACCAAUGAGACUACCGGUGCCAUUAUCGACUACUACGAGGUUGAAGUCAAGUCGGCCACGAAACAAAUAUACCCUAAUCUACCAGCUACCUCUUUAUACACAUAUGAUGGGUUGUCACCAGGACCAACUUUCAUGAUGCAAAAAGGGCGAGAGGCUGUGGUUCGCUUCACCAACAACAGUCCCACAAACUCAUCUGUUCACGUCCAUGGACAGUAUAACCGCGCCCCUUUCGAUGGCUGGGCUGCCGAUUACGCUCAUCCUGGCCAGUACAAGGAUUAUUAUUAUCCAAAUGCACAGAAUGCGCGAUCCAUCUGGUAUCACGACCACACUGAGCGUCAAACUGGCGAGAAUGUCUACAUGGGUCUAUACGGCUUCUAUCUUUUAACGGACGAAGACGAACAAGCCCUCGACUUACCAACUGGCGAUUACGAUAUCCCAUUGGCCUUGAGUGCGAAACAAUACGCCGCCGAUGGCUCCCUUCUCUUCGAUACACAUAAUAACACUGGACUUUGGGGCGAUGUGAUCCAUGUGAACGGUCAGCCUUGGCCGUACAUGAACGUUGAGCCGUGUAAAUAUCGCUUCCGCGUCCUUGAUGGUUCCGUCAGUCGUUCCUACAAUCUAUACUUACAAGACGAUGAAACUGAAGAGUCUUUGAGUUUCGACAUGAUCGGCUCGGAUGGUGGACUGUUCUCUCAUCCAGUAAACACGAGGAGCUUCGCGAUCGCUGAAGGCGAACGCUACGAGAUGGUCGUCGACUUCGCCAACUACAAGGGCAAGAACAUUACAAUGCUCAACGAACGUGGGAUGGCGGGCAAUCUUGAUUAUGCUGCAACCGAUCGUGUCAUGCGAUUCGUAGUCAGUGACACUGCAGCCGAUAGCACCAACAACGACCCCGUGCCGUCUGACCUUCGCUACAUUCCUCCACCACCACAAACCAACGUCACUAAGAAUUUCACUUUCUCUCGAAUUGAUGGCGAGUGGCUCGUCAACGGAGUUGGUUGGGAGGAUAUCGAGAACCGAAUCUUGACAAGACCUGUUUUAGGCAAGGACGAGAUUUGGGAAUUGAGACACGGAGGUGGAAAUGCCUCGCAUCCUGUUCAUAUCCACCUCGUUGAUUUCCAGGUGCUUUCUCGCACUGGCGGCCGUAACAAUGUGAUGCCAUACGAGGCAGCGGGUGAAAAGGAUGUCGUUUGGAUGGCCCCUGGUGAAUCUGUCCGUGUUGUGGCUAGGUACGCACCAUGGGAGGGUGUCUACAUGUUCCAUUGUCACAACCUUAUCCAUGAAGACUAUGACAUGAUGGUUGCGUUCAACGUCACGAACCUCGAAAAAUGGGGCUACGAUAAUACUACGGUUUUCAUAGAUCCUAUGGAGCCAGAAUUCCGACCGAAGAACAUUGACACCGCGGAUUACACGGAAGAGGCUAUACGCAGCAAGCUAGACUGGUUCUACAGCCUCAAUGCCUACAACGAGCGCUCUGAGCAAGAAUUUGAAGAGGACCGUGCCUAA